AUGGACCGGUUUUUUCGGACAAGCUUAUUCGGAGGCAAAGUUAUAAUCUCAAUGGAUAAUGAAUUGAAUAUGGAGAUGGCAAAGACAAAUCGUACUCCUGGUAUCACAAAGAGCAUAGCACGGCUAUUUGGAGAAGACAACAACUUGUUUUUACAGAGCACAGAGUCACAUAAACAUGUCCGGAACUUGACUGUCCAGAUGUUGGGUUCACAAAGUUUGAAGUUGAGGAUAAUGGAAAACAUUGAUCUCUUGACUCGCACACACAUGGAGGAAGGAGCUAGGGAUGGCUCCCUUGACGUCAAGGAAACAACAAGCAAAAUUCUAAUUGAAUGCCUUGCAAAGAAAGUUAUGGGCGAGAUGGAACCAGAGGCGGCGAAAAAACUCGCACUUUGUUGGAGAUAUUUUCCGAGUGGCUGGUUUCGGUUACCUUUCAACUUACCUGGGAUAGGUGUCUAUAAUAUGAUGAAGGCGAGAAAAAGGAUGAAGACGUUGCUAAAGGAGGAAGUGUUGAAGAAGAGAGAAGCCGGAGAGGAGUUUGGAGAGUUCUCUAAGAUUAUAUUUGGAGAAAAAGAAGGAGAAAAGGAAACAAUGAGCAUGAAGAAUGUGAUUGAGUACAUAUAUACCUUCUUUGUGAUUGCUAAUGAAACAACACCAAGGAUUCUUGCGGCUACCGUGAAGUUCAUAAGUGAAAAUCCUAAAGUCAUGCAAGAGCUUCAGAGAGAGCAUGCAAUGAUAUUUGAAAAUAAGUCUGAGGAGGCCGGCUUAACAUGGGAAGACUAUAAAUCCAUGACGUUCACCAAUAUGGUGAUCAAUGAGUCUCUUAGGAUCUCAACCACAGUGCCUGUAAUUCUUAGAAAACCUGAUCAUGACACUAAAGUCGGUGAUUAUACAAUUCCAGCGGGUUGGAACUUCAUGGGCUAUCCUAGUGCCCAUUUUGAUCCAACAAAGUAUGAGGAUCCUUUAGAAUUUAAUCCAUGGCGUUGGAAGGGAAACGACUUGGACGCGAUCGUCUCCACGAAUUACAUUCCCUUUGGGGCUGGUCCUAGACUUUGUGUUGGGGCUUACUUUGCUAAGUUGUUGAUGGCCAUUUUUAUCCACCAUUUGUGUAGAUAUAGGUGGUCAAUGAAAGCAGAGGUCACAGUAACUCGAAGCUAUAUGCUCAUGUUUCCUCGUGGAUGUGACGUUCAAAUCUCAAAAGACACCCAAGAACAUGAUUCGGAUGGGUAA